AUGUCUCAAGGAAUAAAAGAAAUAAAGUUUUGUUCAGAAGGUCAUUCUAAUAAAGAUUUCGUUUAUUCUGAUAGACAAAAUUAUGUUCACGAAAGUGGAAGAUGUGGCUUGUGUACUAAAGAACAUUUUAUCCAAGAAUUUAAAACUUGGUCUAGUGGGAAUACUAACAUUGAUAGGAUUAUACAAGAAUCUCAAAUAAAUAACAUUUACGAUAG